GCCGCUCUGCGCUCUCUUUCGUCAGCAAAUUUUUACACGAACAACUCGGGCGCAAGCAGCGCAACGCGACCGAGCAAGAGACAAUGGCCGGCACGGCGGCGCCAGCGCCGGCCGCGGGCUACGGCGCGGACGGCGUGUACCACUCCCCGCGCCCGGCCGUGCGCAUCGAGUCCGACCCGGGGCUCUCCCUCACCGACCUCCUCUUCCGCCGCGCCGAGGCGUGCCCCUCCGCGCUCGCGCUGGCCGACGCCGCCACCGGCCAAGCCCUCACCUUCUCCGCCCUCCGCUCCGCCAUCCUCACCACGGCCGUCGCACUCGCCUCGCGCGCGGGCGUCCGACCGGGCGACGUCGUCCUCCUCCUCGCCCCCAACUGCGUCCUUUACCCCGUCUGCUUCUUCGCCGUCACCGCCCUCGGCGCCGUCGCCACCACGGCCAACCCCCUCUAUACCCCAAGGGAAAUCGCCAAGCAGGUCACCGACUCCCGCGCCAAGCUCGCCAUCACAGUGUCUGAGCUGCUCCCCAAAAUCGAGGAGCUCCGCCUCCCAAACAUACUGCUCGACGGCGAUGCAGCCAGCGCCACCGCUUCCAUGCCUCCAGGCGCCAGCGUCACGCUCUACUCUGACCUCAUUGCCGGGGCGCAGGAGACGGAGUACCGCCGCCCGCCGAUAAAGCAGAGCGACACGGCCGCGCUGCUGUACUCGUCGGGCACGACGGGGGCGAGCAAGGGCGUCAUCCUGACGCACCGCAACUUCAUCUCGGCGGCGCCCAUGGUGACAGCGGAUCAAGACACGCACGGAGAGGGGCCCAACGUCUUCCUAUGCUUCCUGCCCAUGUUCCACAUCUUCGGCGUGUCCGUCAUCACGUUCGCGCAGAUGCAGCGCGGCAACGCCGUCGUCGCCAUGUCCAUGCCGCGGUUCGACAUGGACCUUGUGAUGGCCGCCGUGGAGCGGCACCGUGUCACAUACCUCUUCUGCGUGCCGCCGGUCAUGAUCGCCCUCGCCAAGAUUGGUAGGUCCGGGAAAUACGACCUCAGCUCGCUCAGGUUCAUCGGCUCCGGCGCAGCGCCGCUCGGCAAGGACGUGAUGGAGGUCGUGGCCAGGAACUUUCCGGAUGCCAUCAUCGCCCAGGGCUAUGGAAUGACUGAAACUUGUGGGAUCAUAUCUUUAGAGUACCCAGAAAAAGGACAAGCUCAUCAAUUUGGGUCAACUGGAUCACUUGUCUCAGGAGUUGAAGCAAAGAUUGUAGAUAUAGAAACAUUGAAAUGUCUGCCACCAAAUCAACUAGGAGAAAUUUGUGUUCGAGGACCAAACAUAAUGCAAGGGUAUUUCAACAAUGUGCAAGCUACUGAAUUUACAAUCAAGCAAGGGUGGUUGCAUACUGGUGAUAUUGGGUACUUUGAUGAAGGAGGCCAGCUUUUUGUAAUUGACAGGCUUAAAGAGCUUAUUAAGUACAAAGGUUUCCAGAUUGCACCUGCUGAGCUUGAAGGAUUACUUCUAUCUCAUCCGGAAAUUCUGGAUGCUGUUGUUAUUCCGUUUCCUGAUGCCGAAGCUGGGGAAGUUCCUAUUGCCUAUGUAGUACGGUCCCCUGUUAGUUCUUUGACUGAAGUUGAUGUCCAGAAAUUCAUCGAGAAGCAGGUCGCAUACUACAAAAGAUUGAGGAGGGUUACCUUUGUGGACAGCGUACCAAAAUCUGCUUCAGGAAAGAUUUUGAGAAGGGAGCUCAUCGCUCAAGUCAGAUCGUCGAAGCUAUAGCAAAACCACUUCUAAUCUGUCUCAGAAGUCAGAAGACUGCUUUGCCUCUUAGCUAUACUAAAUUCGAAACUUGUGGAAUGAUUGUAUUGAGUGGAGCUUAUGAAACAUGACAUUUACUAGGCUGCGUCAUGGGGUUCGCGGCAUAGGAGCCAGCGAGCCGUUGCUUUGUAAAAAAAAUUCUUUUUUUCCCAACUUAAUUGAAAGACACAUCUCUGCCUAAGGUUCGGCGGCCAAGUGGCUAGCCUAGCCCGAUGGCACCCCUA